AUGCAUCCAAAUUGGUCCGGGCCGGGCCGGAAGGGACUGGCCACUAGGCUAACCGGGCCGGCCCGUGGAGUGCCUGCCAGGCGGGGCCCACUUAUAUUUUUUGGACAGUGGAGCCCACUUACUUAUGAGCCGCUUCCUCUUGUUGGUGUACCAAUUCGCUGGAGAAGAGGCACACCGUACACGCCUCAUUACGCCCAUCCACGUGCUCACCCGCCCCAUCGCGAAGCUUUCCUCGGCGGCGUCGUCAUCGUCGUCUCACCGGCGGCGGGCGUGCGGCGCGCGGAGAUUGCGGCCUCGUCGUUGGCGGCGGACAUGGAGCUUGACCGCCCCAACCUGGAGGACUACCUCCCGCCCGACUCGCUCCCGCAGGAGUCCCCCCAGAAUCUCCACCUGCGCGAUCUGCUGGACAUCUCGCCGGUGCUCACCGAGGCGGCGGGCGCCAUCGUCGAUGUGAAGCUGAAAGCUCUACUAAUAUGUAUUUUACACAUCCAGGAUUCAUUCACGCGUUGCUUUAAGUCAAAUUCUCCAGAGCCAUGGAAUUGGAACAUUUAUUUGUUCCCAUUAUGGUGCUUGGGUGUAGUCAUAAGAUAUGGAGUACUCUUUCCACUGAGGUCCUUAACGCUUGCAAUAGGAUGGUUAGCAUUUUUUUCUGCCUUUUUUCCCGUCCAUUUCCUAUUGAAAGGGCAAGAUAAGCUGAGGAGUAAAAUUGAGAGAAAUUUGGUUGAAAUGAUGUGCAGCGUCUUUGUUGCCUCAUGGACUGGAGUGAUCAAGUAUCACGGACCACGCCCAAGCACAAGACCUCAUCAGGUAUUUGUUGCAAACCAUACAUCAAUGAUAGAUUUCAUUAUUCUGGAGCAGAUGACAGCAUUUGCUGUCAUUAUGCAAAAACAUCCUGGAUGGGUUGGAUUUAUUCAGAAGACUAUCUUGGAAUGUGUGGGUUGCAUCUGGUUUAAUCGUAAUGAUCUUAGGGACCGUGAAGUUACGGCACGAAAGCUACGAGACCAUGUUCAACAACCAGACAACAACCCUCUCUUGAUUUUCCCGGAAGGAACUUGUGUUAACAACCAGUACACUGUCAUGUUCAAGAAGGGUGCUUUUGAGCUUAGCUGUGCUGUCUGUCCAAUAGCUAUCAAGUACAAUAAAAUAUUCGUUGAUGCGUUUUGGAACAGUAAGAAGCAAUCUUUUACAAUGCACUUGGUUCGGCUGAUGACAUCAUGGGCUGUCGUGUGUGAUGUUUGGUACUUGGAGCCUCAAUAUCUGAGGGAGGGAGAGACAGCGAUUGAAUUUGCUGAGAGAAUAAGGGACAUGAUAGCUGCUAGAGCUGGUCUUAAGAAGGUUCCGUGGGAUGGCUAUCUGAAACACAACCGUCCUAGUCCCAAACACAUCGAAGAGAAGCAGCGCAUAUUUGCCGAAUCUGUUUUGAGGAGACUAGAGGAAAAGUGAACAGGCAUCAAUGUUGAGUGCUCUUGGUGAGCGCUAUUGGGGCUUGCCAUUUAGCUACCUUAAUUCAGUUGGCUUCCAAAAACAGAAGGUGAGUCUGGGACAUGUGAAAUGACCAGCUCAGUUUUGUUGUAAAUUUGUUAGUAGUUCGGUAGAAUCAACAGCAUGUACUUCUCAAGAAAGGAUAUUUGCAUGUGUUUUGGCUAUUGAUUUGAUGAUUGGUUAGGAUUAACACUUCA